GAUUGGAAUUAAUAAGGGCUGCGUGACAGAACUUGAUAAAAAUGAUAUUUUAUUUAAUGAGUUGGAUUUCUUAUUUGUAUACAUUGAGAUACAUACGUCGAGACACCAAUAGCAGAAGAAAGGUUUGAGGCGCGUUACCCAAGGUCACAGCUGGACUGAAUAAAAAAAAAACAAUAACCAAUCGCAAAGAUAACCUCAAAAUUUUGACGUUUAAUGGUGAUAAAGUUUACUCCACUAGUCCGAUAAAUUGUGAAACAUUCAUCGAUAAUUUAUUGAAAGUUGUGAAAUCUAUGAUAGAUUUGCAAGAAGCUGAAUCAUUGAGUCUGGAAAGACAAAAUAUUGUGAUCAAUGAUUUUGGUCGAUUUAAAAUCGGUACGAAAAAUUAUCACAAACAAUUCUGCGGCAUUUACAUUGCCAGAUUAGCGGCAUUGAAGGAUUCGAUUGUUGCCACAGCCAAGAUAAAAUGGGGUCAGUAUCCCAUCUUGAGUGUAGAUCGUCUGACCGAAUUCAACGAUCAAAAAACAUUUAUUGUCAUUGGUACUUUGUACAAACAUCAAGAACUCAAGCCAUCUAUUUUGAAGGAACUUAGUCAAGAGCUCCAGGUACCUUACCAACCACAGAGAUCGAAUUAUACAUCCGACAAAGAUAAAUUGUUUCUUGAAAAUGAAUUAAUACGUGCAAAAUUGUUGGGUAAUCAUCCCAACCCGAAAGCAGUUGUUACUGGACUUAUAUGUGCAGUUUUGGGACAUGAAACUGAUGAUGGAGCAUUUUGGGUGGACGACUGGUGUUUUCCUGGAUGUUGUCCUUGCAUCUCUGGUUCCGGAGUGCCAACACAGAAUGAGGGAAAAUUACUGAUAGUUUCUGGCUUCGAUUUUGCAAAUACUCCUGACAACUUGAGUCUAGAACUCUUGAGAGAGUGGAUAAGCGGAUUCGUAGGUGACUCGAGUGCUCAGAAGGAAGGAGCUUCGGUUGUUCAAAUGCUAGUAGCUGGUAACAGUGUCAGGUCUAAGGUCGAAACAUACACUCGAUACGAUUUUGAAUCCAAGAAAUCUCAUACCGAUCCAGUAGCUCUUGAAUCAAUAUUAGCAACACACAGAUUUGAUUCUUAUCUCAGCGGCAUAGCAGAAAAUUGUCCCAUCAUCUUGAUGCCUGGACAAUUUGAUCCUUCGGAGCAUUCUUUACCGCAACAACCAUUACAUCCCUGCAUACUACCGAAAUCUUCAAGAUAUAAGACCGUUCGAGGCGCGACGAAUCCUUGGAUUGGCAAAAUAGCAAACAGAAUUGUAUCAGGUUCGAGUGGACAACCGAUCAACGACAUUACGAGAGUUGGAGGACUCGAGGAAUCGACAGCUCUUGAAUGGCUAGAAAAGACUCUUAUUUGGCGUCAUUUUGCACCCACCGCGCCUGAUACGCUCCCAGUGUAUCCGUACUUUGGCACAGAUCCGUUCGUUAUGAUCGAAUGUCCGGAUAUAUAUUUUGCUGGUAAUAUGGAAGAGUUUGCUACAAAAAUGUACAUUGGUGAAGAAGGACAAACGGUGAGACUGAUAUGUGUACCAAAAUUCGCGAAAACAGGGACCGCCGUUCUCGUUGAUUUGAAUUCGUUGGACACUUGGCCGAUUUCGUUCGGCUCGGGCUAACCUGAUUGAACAUUUGCCGUUUUUGUUUUACGUUGAAACGUUGCUCGUGAUGUAGGUUCGUAAUAUUCAAAAGACUGCGCAAUAUUACCUUUGAAAUAUAUAAUUUAUUUUUCUUCUUGAAAUAUAAUUCUGUAUCGUAUCGUACAUUAUAUUUAUGUAUUUAUCUAUACAUAAUCUAGAAAUAUAUAUUUGAUAUUAACUGUAA